ACUUGCCUUUCUCUCUUCAUUCCACUGCUUUAAUCGAUUUGUAGAUUCUCUCAUCUUGAAUUCAGGUUCCUGUUACUCCGUACUCCGUACACAGCGCCACAACCACUAGCCACAUCCGACAAGGCCCAUUUCUACACGAUUUCCUUCCCCAUUCUCGAGUCUUGAUAUUUGCCUCCAACUUCCCUGCGUCUACAUUGACGACUUUACACAUCGAACAAAAAAGAAGAAGAAGAAGAAAAAUCACGCAUACUCCGUCUAUCCCCCAAUUCAACCGCGUCGCUGUCAUGCCUCCUCGUGGGCCGCGCAACGUCAUCCGCACUCCUACCGUCGCAACCUCUGAUAACACCUCCGCAGACGGCCAUAAACGCAAGCUAGACAACCAUUCCGAUGCGAGCUUACAAUUGAGAAGGUCCAAGCGUGUGAAGUCGACAGAGCCCCUUUACGCGAAUGUGUCAGAUCCGGAGCUUGAGCCGACCGAUGACGACUCCGUGCAAGUCAAGCGUGCGAGCAGCUCCAUACGGCAGAAAUCAGAGGGACUGGUAGACGGUACUACCAAAUCCGUAAAGGAAGAUAUUGCGGAAGAAAAACAGAUUUCCAUUAAGCCGAAAGUUGAGGAAAUAGAGGCGCAACCAAAGAGCUCCAAAAAGACCGCUACGAAAGUGAAAUCUAAGAAUCAAGACCAAGCAUCGGUGAUGCCACUGAGGGUUAGGACUCCAGGGCUGCGCAUGUGCGUAGGAGCCCACGUUAGUGCAGCAGGAGGUGUCUUUAAUGCGGUAAACAACAGCGUUCAUGUCGGUGGAAACGCUUUUGCCCUUUUCCUCAAGUCUCAGAGGAAAUGGAACAACCCCCCUCUACAGGACGAGCACAGGGACACUUUUCGCAAGCUCUGUGCUGAGCAUAACUACGAUGCAGCAAGGGUUGUCCUCCCCCACGGCUCAUACUUGGUCAACCUCGCGCAAGCAGACAAAGCCAAAUCAAAGCAAGCAUAUGACUCCUUCCUUGACGACCUCCAUCGCUGUGAAGCUCUUGGCAUCAAGCUGUAUAACUUCCAUCCUGGAAGUGCGAACCAAAGUCCCUUUCCCGAUGCACUAUCUCGACUCGCCAAAGCGCUCACCAACGCAUUAGCCGCCACUUCCACUGUCGUCCCAGUCCUAGAGACUAUGUGCGGCCACGGGUCUACAAUUGGUGGCUCCCUUACUGAAUUUCGCGACCUCCUCGCUCUAAUCCCCAAGGAGUACCAUUCCCGAAUCGGCAUUUGCAUAGAUACAUGCCACAGCUUCGCCGCAGGAUACGACCUCGCGGCCCCUUGUGGUUUCCAAGCCUUUAUGAAAGAAUUCGAAGACGUAAUCGGCAUCCAGCACCUCCGCGCCCUGCACCUGAACGACUCCAAAGCACCGCAAGGCAGCAAGCGCGAUCUCCACGCAAACAUCGGAACCGGAUUCCUGGGCCUCCGCGCCUUCCACAACGUAAUGAACGAACCCCGCUUUGAAGGGCUCCCAAUGAUCCUUGAAACACCCAUCGACCGCCCUGCCUCAACGACAUCCAAGACCCCCAAGGGAGAAGACGCCAGCGACGCCGAAACCAAGCCCAAGAAAACCACUCAAAAGAAACCUGCCGCCGCCAAAAACCAACUAGUCCAGGACUUCUCCGUCUGGGCCAACGAAAUUGAGCUCCUCGAAUCCCUGAUCGGCAUGGACCCGGAGAGUCCGGAAUUCCUCGAGUUGGAAGCCAAACUUGCAGAAGAAGGGCGUGAAAUGCGCGAGUCACAAAUGGCACAGUAUAAGCGCAAACUCGAGACCGCGGAGAAAAAGAAAACCAAGAGUCCUCGCAAAAAGGGCCAGAAGACCUUGAUGGAGAUGAUGGGGGAUAACAACAAGAAGAAGCAGAACCCUGUUGACGACAGCGAAGACGAAGGAUGUCAGAGCUGUUCAGGGGGGAAUUAGUAGUUAACUAGUGUAUAUAUACUUACUAAACUAUAACCUAACAUAGAUAACUAUAUAUAUGUACCUAUGUACAUAUAUAUAUAUAUAUACUCAUCCUGAUACUUAUAUAACAC